ACAGGCGGAAUGAUCCCAAAACGCUGACUGUGGCGGAUGCCCUGGGCCAGCAGAGAAGACACCACACACAGACACUCGGGCAUAUCCCAGAACCACUGUACACACCAGAGUUUAAGACAUGGGGGACAAAGCGGGGACAAGAGUCUUUAAGAAGUCCAGCCCCAACUGCAAGCUCACAGUUUAUCUAGGGAAGCGAGACUUUGUCGAUCACUUAGACCAUGUCGAUCCAGUAGAUGGAGUGCUCCUUGUAGACCCAGAGUAUCUGAAAGAUCGAAAAGUGUUUGUGACUCUGACCUGUGCAUUUUGUUACGGUCGGGAGGACCUGGAUGUCUUGGGCCUUUCCUUCAGGAAGGAGCUCUACGUCAGCACUGUCCAGGCUGUCCCUCCCCUGCAGGAGGCGAAGCAGCCUCUGAGCCGCCUGCAGGAGAAGCUAAUGAAGAAGCUGGGUCAGCACGCUUACCCCUUCAGCUUCACUAUCCCCCAGAACCUGCCUUGCUCAGUGACCCUCCAGCCAAGCCCAGAGGACACCGGGAAGGCAUGUGGCGUGGACUACGAGCUUCGAGUGUUCUGUGCAAAGACUGCGGAGGAAAAGAUCCACCAAAGGAACUCUGUGCACUUGGUGAUCCGGAAGGUUCAGUACGCACCAGAGAAGCCAGGUCCACAGCCAAUUGUGGAGACCAGCCGCAGCUUCCUGAUGUCUGAUAGAUCUCUACACUUAGAGGCUUCACUGGAUAAGGAGCUGUACUACCAUGGUGAGCCAAUCAAUGUUAAUGUCCAUGUCACCAACAACUCUACCAAGACUGUCAAGAAAGUGAAGAUUUCUGUUUGUCAGUAUGCUGAUAUCUGUCUGUUCUCCACGGCUAAGUACAAAUGUCCAGUAGCCCAGGUUGAAGCCGAUGACCAGGUUUCUUCCAGCUCCACCUCCUGCCAGGUCUACACUCUGACCCCCACGCUGGGUUCCAACAGGGAAAAGAGAGGACUGGCUCUGGAUGGAAAGCUAAAGCAUGAAGACACCAACCUGGCCUCCAGCACCAUAGUAAAAGACGGGACCAACAAGGAGAUGAUGGGGAUCGUGGUUUCUUACACAGUCAAAGUGAAGCUGGUGGUGUCUCGUGGAGGAGAUGUAGCAGUGGAACUCCCUUUUGUCCUGAUGCAUCCCAAACCUACAGAGCAGCCCUGCUCCAAACCACAGUCAGAGGCUGAUGCUGCUGUGGAUACAAACCUCAUAGAGUUUGGCAUGAACACUUCCUCUCAGGUUGAUGACUUAGUGUUUGAAGACUUCGCUCGCCUGAGGCUAACGGGGAUGAAGGAUUACAUGAGUGAGGAUGACCCCUUCUGUUAGCUUAUUGUGCUUCAGCAAGAGGUUUACAGAACACCUCAACCCUUGAGGCUUAGAAGAAGAAAGAGGCAGGGGGUAGGAGGACCAGGGCCAGGCUUCCGUAGAAGUCUUCCCCCCAUGCCAUAUAUUCUGUCAGGGCUACUGGAUGCGCCUCUUUUAAAGUAGCAAUCAACCAAAGUGUUUACCUAAAUGAGGUCCAGUAACAUCUCAGCUGUUUUCUAACUGAGGAACUUAUACCGUUUCCUAUUGAUUUGUCCUUAAACUUUAUAAUCAAAUAAAUCUUACAUAUUUUUAUUUGUGGAGUAGAACAAGCAAGAGGGUAGAGUUAAAUGAAAAUAGAUCAUAUUAUUGUUUUCAGUUAUUUUGGGGUAUUUCUGUUCAUAGAUAUCCUUAUCUUGUCUCAGCUUGACGCCAAGUUUUUCCUGUGUCACGAGUGUUCGUCAUGAUUUUUAUAUUACGAAGGAGUCUUGAAAUGUGAGCAAUGUAUGUGUAAGCUACUACAUUUGUUAUGGUUAUAAUCAAACCUGAGAUUUAUAGAAUAAUUCACAACAUAAAAAGAAAAUAUUACAAGAUACUACGUGGGCUUUAUGUUGUUUUGUAGAAAUUACUGUUGUAACUAAAAAAAAUUUUGUUGAUUAAAACUGAAGACAAGUUGUCACACAGCA